AUGGCAAAUACCGCAAAGUUGAUGACGAAGUGCCGAAUGUCGCCUCUCGACUUCCUAGAGUAUUGCAUUGAGGAAUAUAACAUCAACGACGGUGAGCUUGUGUUGCCUCAGAAUGCUUCGCAGCAGCCACGUCGAAGGGUCCUCAGCAUCCUGCUCCGUUGCCGCGGAAUGGCGGGUUUGUCAUCAGUCUGCCUGCCCACUUGCGGCCUGGAUGGCCAAUUGGCCCCGAGGUGCAUCGUCGGCUCGGAUCAAGAUGAAAGGAUAAAGGAAAUAUUGUCAGACCUGGAGGGCUGUACCAGAGAUGUCCUCUUCUACCCAGCGAUAAUUAUUGGCUUCACCCUCACCCGGAGUCUUGAUCUUGAUGCGAACCUAGUGGGCUAUCAACUUGAGCCGGAUGUGAUUGCUCUGUCCAGUCGCCUAGAUAUCGCGAAUGAAGGGCUCCGCAGAUACCUUGAAAGCCGUGGACUUUAUCGAGAACCGGACCAGGACUAUUCGGCCCUAACCGUGGACCUUUACAUGCUACAGCACUUCCUCAGCGAUCUCUACCACUCCCAUCAUGCGAAUAUCGUGCUGGUUCGUAAGCUGAAGAGUAUCUUCAAGUUGUACCAUGACGCAACGCGCUCACGAACUAUAUUCGAGUGUGUCGACGACCUCCUCUGCAGACUGGAAUUACAAAAGGGCUCGUUGGACCACUGUGCCCGGAUCACACAGCACCAAAGCGCAGUCUUGUUCAAUCUCAUCAAUCAACGGGACAGCCGGCUGAAUUUUUCCGUCGCCCGUUCGUCCCGACAGAUUGCCGCCGCCAGCAAGCGGGACAGCUCCGCGAUGAAAACGAUCUCGAUUCUCACCCUCGUCUUUCUUCCCGGAACGUUUGUCUCGUCCGUCUUCUCCACGACAAUCUUUGACUUUACCGCCGAAGCGGAGCCCGGGUACGGAAGAGUGAGUAAAGCGUGGUGGAUCUACCUGUUAUGCAGUCUGCUUCUCACCCUGAUCACGGUUGGUGUGUGGGCAGUCUGGAUGGUGUGGCGACUCAACAAGGCCAUUCACGAGGAGAGGAGGGAGAUGGAAGAGCUGCGGGAACACGAGCACGAGGCUCGGCCUUACGGGUCGAGGGCGCCUCCCACCCGACGACGAUCUCGCGAGUAUCGAGACAGCACUUCCGUCCGAGCUGCGGGAAAUGGCAGCCACCGCAACUCUGAAAGUGGAAGCCGCAGAAGCAGUCGCAUCAGCCUCUCUCGGACGAAUCGGACCGGCCGCACCAGGUCCCCUCGGAGCAACAUCAGUCUGCACAGCCUCCGUGACCCAGGCCUGGACAGCGCCCGAGCUAACGUCAUGAGCGGCAGCAAUCAGACUACGGACGGUGGGUUGGGUGGAAGUCUCCAGAGACCGGGGUCCGGUGCUUGA